UAUAUAUAUAUAUAUAUUAGAAUUGCGUGUUUGAUUUUGUCAAGUUGGAUUGAAAAGUGAAAACCUUUGCCAGAUUGACCAUGAAAAAAGAACAGAUACACAUCCAAGUCAUCUUUGACUUCCCUAUAUGCAAUUACUAUUCCCGCCAAUCCCCCAACGGUCCCAACGCGUCAACAUGCACCCAUUAAAGGCUGUUUAGUGGGGGAGUAAUGUAUAAUUGGCCCUACUGCAUGAAGGCUAUAAAAGAACGACCAUUCGAGCAGACAAGAGCAAGCAAGCUCAGUAAGCUUUAAUCACAAUCUAAACCAUCAAGUUAUGGAUGCGUCUCCCAAAUGGGUGUCCUUGAGUCUCCUCAUCCUUUGCAUUGCCCUCCAUCUUAGUGCAAUCACACUUGGAGAUGACAAGCUCGACGAAACUAGAUUCCGCGACUAUGACUGUCCAUGGGGUCGGCGAUGCCGGGGUAGGUUCGGUGGCCGCGGACCCCGUGGUCCUGGUUUUGGUAGAGGCGGUGGCAUUGGUGGUGGAGCGGGAGGAGGAGGAGGCUUUGGUGGAGGUGGUGGUGGAGGUCUAGGGGGUGGUGCAGGAGGGGGUGUUGGUGUUGGAGGUGGGUCUGGCCAUGGCGGAGGCAUUGGAGCUGGAGGAGGAGUCGGUGGUGGUGCCGGAGGAGGUGUUGGUGGUGGUGGGGGAUUUGGUGGCGGAGGAGGAGGUGGUGUUGGAGGUGGGUCGGGUCAUGGAGGAGGUUUUGGUGCUGGGGGCGGUCUAGGUGGUGGAGCUGGAGGAGGUGCUGGUGGUGGUGGUGGUGGAGGGGGAGGCGGAGGUGGAGGUGGUGGGAUCGGUGGUGGGUCUGGACAUGGUGGAGGUUUUGGUGCUGGAGGUGGUGUGGGUGGUGGGGCUGGAGGAGGACUAGGAGGAGGUGGUGGUGGAGGCGGAGGUGGAGGUGGAGGAGGAGGUGGUGGUGUAGGAGGAGGAUCUGGGCAUGGAGGCGGGUUCGGUGCAGGAGGAGGAGUAGGUGGCGGAGCCGGUGGAGGUGUAGGAGGGGGAGGAGGGGCUGGAGGAGGAGGAGGAGGUGGAGUAGGUGUAGGGUCAGGUCAUGGAGGUGGAUUUGGUGCAGGAGGUGGUGCCGGAGGUGGCCACGGUGGAGGAUUUGGAAUUGGAAUCGGUAUCGGCAUUGGAGUCGGUGCAGGUGCUGGCCAUGGAUCUGGUAGCGGCUCAGGUAGUGGUGGAGGUGGUGGACAUUAAAAACUCUUGCUUCAGAAUCCAUGUUUUGUUUUGGCAAAUGCUUAUUUGUGUGGUCUGCAUUAAGAUCUAGUAUGAGCAAACAAUUCAUUAAACUAUGCUACUAAAAAAGGGGAUUAAAAAAAGAAAAGAAAAAAAAAAAAAGAGUGUAAUUCCCUAAUAUGAUACAAGAGUUUUUAUUCUGCUUUUGUUAUUAUAAUUGACUGAGGAAUUUAAGGAACUCUCAUAUCUAAAUCAAAGAUGCAUAAUAAUAUUUUUUCUGUUA